UCAUGCGAAUAAAUAUAUCCUUUACGAAGAAAAAAAGAUUGUUUAGAAAUGUAAUUCGAAAUCAUCGGGGAAAGAGCGAGAUAGCUUAUGACAUACCCAAAAAUCUAGAAUUUCCUUCCUACAACCUGAAGAAAUAUAAAAAGAUCCGACCCAAGAUAUAUCGAUCCAAAAUAGACAUUGAAUCUCGCCAUUAUCAUCAGCUUCUUCAUCUUAUCCUUCUUCCCACCAACUUUUUUAAUUUACUUGUUGGUUUUGUACUGAUGAUGCGACUAAUCUCACUAUAAUAGGGCCGACAGGUGCAUCACCCUUAUUUUAUUCAAUGGUCACUACUCGCCCACACCCAAUUUCGACCGAAAAAGGUAGACUUCAUUAGCCCCUCAUAUUUGGACCUGACGUUUUGCUAAUCAGUUCUUUCGGGCCUGAUUGGCCUGAUUGACCAUCAGUUUUUUUUGCUCUUUUUCUUCUGAUUGGCCUGACUGGCAUCAGUUUUAGUCGUCCGUUUUGCAAUUGUUGGUCAUGCUACUUCUCGCGUUUAAAAA